UCCAGUCAUGAAAUGUACCGUAGCAGACGUGCAAGAUACAGCUGACACGGCUGCCGACUGUUGAUUAGAGAAAUGGCCAAAAGUAACUUUGAACGCGUUCAAGUUACGAGGUUUAAUAUAUCUACGGCCUUUUCACUCUAAUGCUACUUUCCAUCUGCGAUAGCGGCACUAGCCUACAUGAGAGAGACUACCAUGAGUGAUAGGGAGCUGUGUGUGGUCCCACUGCACCAGCGCUGGGAGCUGGUGGACGCGUGCGCGGAGCUCCUGAACGCCCAGUGGACCAGGAGCCACGGAGCCCGUGUCCACUCCCUGCGCCAGUCUUGCCCGGCCUUCCCCGUGUGCCUGCUGCUUCUGCGCCGCCAUCCUCUGGAUGCGGGCACACCGGACGCCCUGUUGGGCCACGCCCGUCUCUCCCGGGUCCUGGGCUCUCGGAGCCUCUUUGUGGAGUCGGUGGUGGUAUCGCAGGCGGAGAGAGGGAAGGGGUUUGGGAGGGCACUGAUGGAGGAGGUGGAGGCGUUCGCGCGCACAAAGGGGUACACACGGCUGUGUCUGACCACACACGAUCAGCAGUACUUCUACGCGCACCUGGGCUACGUGUUGUCAACGCCCGUGCAGAACGUGGGCAACCUGGGCAACAUCAUGCCCACGGAGCUCCUGCACAAGUUUUGCCGGGUGCCGCAGCACCAGGAGGCGGAGGAGGGACAUUCCAAAUCGCCCUUUAGGAGAGCAGAUCCUCCCAACGUCCCUCCUCUAGCCCCUCCACCAGGCUCUGUCCCUCCUCCUCCUCCUCCACCACCUCCCCCCUCUAUACCUCCUCCUCCUCCUCCUCCUCCUGGUCUUCCACCACCUUCUCUUUCUGCUCUCACUUCUACCCCUGCAACCCCCCCACCUCCUCCACCACCACCACCUCACACUUCCCACAAGACCUCCACAUCACCUCCUGGGGCUCAGACGCUCGAUGUGACGCCGUACCGAGACGCCAAAGGCAUGGGCAUCUUCUGGAUGCACAAAGACAUCUGACACGGACCGCUGCACUGGACUGCUGAGCCACUAUUUGCACUCCCAUUUGACAACACAAGGUUGGAGCAAAGCCAUGCUGUGGAGCAUCACUGUAAUUGAGCUCAUUGUAGCUGCAGAGCCAAAGUUUUGUGGGUUGGAUAUCCCAUUGAUUUCCGAUGCUUAAUUGUGGCUUAAGCCUCUGGACUGGUUUCAAACAGAUGCCACUCCCAAAUACACAUACUUGAACACACCCUUGUACUAUAUUUAUACAUGCACAGUAUGUACAUUUUAUAAAGAUGUCCACAUACCAUUUAUACUGUAUGGCCUUCCAAAGAAAAUCUACCAGGUAACUAAGUGAAUGAAAACAAAUGAAUGUGCCAGUCUCUCACGUCAAGGAGAACGGACACAGUGAGUGUACUCACUUUGCUCUUUAGAGGCCCUACUGCAAGUGUGCCUAAGGACUGUGAAUGUGCCUUGUUGCCAAACAUGCUUUAAGUGUAAGGAUUAUUAAUUUUUAGUGAAUGACAAUCGAAUAGAACCAUGCAAUAGAAUAUAGAACAUGGAAUAGAACCUAGCAUGUGCCUUGGGCUAUCCAUUAAAAGUGGAUUUCUCUA